CUCAACAUUGUCAGUUUCACAUUUUUUUCUUUCUAUCCCCUUCUCUCUCUCCUCUCUCUCUCUCUCAUUUCUUUCAUAAUUUUUCAAAAUUUUCAGUUUCCGGCCACACUUUCUCUCUCCUAUCCCUCUUCUCUGUUCACAUCUUCUUCGUCCUAGACAUCCCCUUCGGUUUCUCCGUCAAAUUACCAAUUUGCCCCCUUUAAUUUUUCAAUUUACCCUUUUACCCUUCAUUUUUUAACCGACACUUAUUCAGUAUUCAACCGAUUUUAGAUAAUUUUACCAUUGGGUUAUUUUUUAUUUUUUCCAAACCAUUUUAUUUGGUUUGUAAGAAUUAUUUUAUAUUAUUUUUAGGGUGGGUUGGUAGUGACGUGGCAUGCGGAUAGAGAGCCAUGAAUACCAAAACGAUGCGUUUGCCCCCUCGUCGAGUGUUGACACCUAGCAGCACAACAAGUAAUAAGAGAAAAGAAAGAGAUGACCCGUUUGAAAGGCCCAAGCCCAUACACACAACAACUACAAAACUACUCAAGCCGGAUAAGCCUAAUAAUCGGCUCGGCUCAGAGCCGAUAGCAACAACCAGCGGCAGCAAAGGCUCGGAGCCGAUGCCGUCCAAUCAGCUUCUAGCGGGCUACCUGGCCCACGAGUACCUAACCAUGGGGGCUCUCUUGGGCCAGCCGUGGGUCCCACCGAAAAGGAAGACGAAGGAGGAAGACGACGGCGGUGAGGAAGGAGAAACGACGGCGAUGACGACGGAGACACCGUGUCGGAGGACGGAGAAGAAGGUAGAGCGGGAAAGGUAUGUCGAAGUGAUGGGCUUGUUGAAGGGUGGUGGGACCCACCUUCACGGCGUUGUGAACCCCACCCAGCUUGCCCGUUUCUUACACUUGUGAUCUAACAGACAAUUGGGAGAGUGGGGUCCACUGUGGACACGUGGAACGAUCCCAUUCGCUCUCUUUCCUUUUGUUUUGUUCCAAGCGAACGAGAGAGAGAGAGAGGAGAAACUUGAAACUUGAAACUUCUCCUCCGAUCUUUUUUUUUUUUUUAAAUCUGAGACAGAAAAUUAGCUAUUUCUUUUUUCAAUUUACUGAUGCAUGCAACUUGUAUGUAUGUCAUCAUCAUCCCUCAUGAUGUAUCUGUUCACAUGCAAAAUACAUGCUUUUAUUUUCAACAAUUUCUAGUCAUUUUCUUUGAUU